AUGGAAAAUUCCAAUCAGACAUCUACUGAUUUCAUCUUAUUGGGGUUGUUUCCAUCGUCAAGAAUUGGCCUGCUCCUCUUCAUUCUCACUGUUCUCAUUUUCCUAAUGGCUCUGUUAGGCAAGCUGUCCAUGAUCCUCCUCAUCCCCCUGGACACCCAUCUCCACACACCCAUGUAUAUCCUACUCAGUCAGCUCUCCCUGAUGGAUCUGAACUACAUCUCCACCAUUGUCCCCAAAAUGGCUUCCAAUUUUCUGUUUGGAAACAAGUCUAUCUCUUUCAUUGGGUGUGGGCUUCAGAGCUUCAUCUUCUUGACUUUAGCAGGUGCGGAAGGCUUAUUAUUGGCCUCUAUGGCAUAUGAUUGUUAUGUAGCUAUCUUCUUUCCUCUCCACUAUCCCAUCCAUAUGAGCAAAAGAGUGUGUGCGGCGAUGAUAAUAGGAUGUUGGAUAAUGGGCUCUAUCAACUCUUGUGCCCACAUUGAAUAUGUCCUCCAUAUCCCUUAUUGCCAUUCCAGGGUCAUCAAUCAUUUUUUCUGUGAUGCCCCAGCCAUGUUGACUCUGGCCUGUGUAGACACCUGGGUCUAUGAGUACACAGAUUUUGUGAGCACCACCCUCUUUCUUGUGGUCCCUUUUAUUGGCAUUGCAUGUUCCUAUGGCCAUGUUCUCCUUGUUGUCUACCGCAUGCACUCAGCAGAAGGGAGGAAGAAGGCCUAUUCCACCUGCAGCACCCACCUGACUGUGGUGACUUUCUAUUAUGCUCCCUUUGUUUACACUUAUCUAUGCCCAAGAUCCCUCCGAUCUCCAACAGAGGACGAGCUUCUGGCUGUCUUCUACACCAUCCUGACCCCACUGCUCAACCCCAUCAUCUACAGCCUGAGAAACAAGGAGGUGAUGGGGGCCAUAAGAAGAGUGGUUCAGAGAAUCAGCUCUGUGACAAAGUAG